AUGCAAACCAACGGCUGGCCCGAUGGUCAACCCGACACCUUGGCCCUCAUCAGGCGGCCAGCCUGCUGCGUCGAGGCCCACAUCCCGGACAAAAUUGAAUCCAGCUUGCCACUCCGCGAAAACCAAGCCUUCGUCCACAUCCGCGCGGCUUUCGCUGCACCCAACCUCUCCCCCGCCGACACUCCCGGCGAACCCGGCUGGGUCAUGCCACACCCAUACGAUGUUCGCGAUGUCUCGUGGAUGUAUGUUGUUCUCCAGGGCGGCUAUAGUGCGCGGGUGACCCGCACCGGUUGGCGGGUAAGGGUACCUAGUCCCUCGGGUACGUAUGCAGCCAGUGCCGCCGCUGGUCUCGCCCUUGGCGAUGGGGACGGUGUAGCGGAGGGGAGACGUCGUGCCAGGAUCUCUGUCGCGUCCGAGCCGCUGGUGGUGACCGCGGGCGCGGUGGUGCGCGCGCCAGCCUUCAACUCCUCGUUCGCGGUCGCCUCCUCGGCGGCGGCGAAGGCGUCCGACUUUGGUCGUGCGGCGAGAGGUGCAUUGCCAUAUGCUCGUCAUCCGAGCGCGGCCUCUCGACGGACCAACGACUUUCAUCGCUGGGACUGGGAGAAGCUGUGCAUGAUCUUCCAUGCGGUAGCUGGGUCAGCGCCGCACUGGCCCACUCUCGAGAAAAACGAGGACGUCGUGAUCAGGACGUCGUCAUGUGAGCUGGAAGGGUCACCAGCUUCGUUGUUGAAUCGAGCAAAAUAUGGCUCAAACCAGAGGUCCGCCAACGAAUUCAUCCGCAUCAUCGAUGCCUUCACGCUGUACACCGCGGCUAUGAAUCCCCAGGACCUUCUUCUUCCCUUCGACACCUUCCUCCAUCUCUUCAUUGGCGAGCUCAACGACAUUCCUCAAGACGCCGAUUGCAUGCCUGUCAUUCGCCGAAUGUCAAACAUCUUGAUGUAUGCAAUGCCUCUUAUUGUCCUCAACCUGAACGACGACGACGACCUCGCCCGCGCACGGGACACCAUCAGGACGCGCGCAUGGGCCUACAGUGGUGAUUCGCCAGGUGCAUCCGUUGUGACAGCCUACCAGCAGGUGCGGAUGUAUCUGGUGCCGGCCGGCCCGGUCGCGCUCGACACCGCCUUCCCCAAGCGCGCUCGCGCACCGACGCUGUCCCGAGAUGUCCGGACACCAGCGUCUCAGGCGCUGCCACCUGAGCUCGCUGUCUCCGACAUAAGCUACUACAUAGGCAGAGGCAGGGAUGAGACAGAGGGUUGGGACAAGGCGGAGGAGGAGGAGGGCGACGUGGACGAUGUGAAUGCGGGAGACGCGGAGGCGGGCGACACAAAGGCAAGCGAGGCGGAGGUGAGGGACGUGAAGGCGACGGGGAGGGCUCGCGGGGGGACGUGGAGGGCCCGGACGAGGCGGAGCAGGUGGUGGGCGACGCGCGUGGAGGAGGUGGGCCGCGUGGAGGCGGGCGAGACGCAGCAGGACGAGGAGGAGGAGGGCGACAUGGAGGUGAGGGAGGCGGAGGAGGCGCGAAGGCGGGCGGAAAGCAGCGCGGGGGUGGGCAACGGGGAGGAAGGCAGUGGUGAGGUGGACGCGGGGGUCAAGGCCGGCGGCAGGCCGGAUGGGCGAAGCUGGAGAGGAGGGGUGGGCAUUGGGAGUGCAGGAGAGCGGAGUGGGGGACUCACCAAAAUGAGGGCCGCGUCGGCAAGGUGGGCGAAGGACGGCAUGGAGGUCGAGGUUGAGGUCGAGGGAGGAGGAGGGGGGCGGGGUUGA